AUGAGCUUUCUAUCUCAGAUUCCAGUCAUAGGGAACGAGAUAGAUGGCCUCGUGCAAAGAUCCCAAUGGCGAGACGCCGAGAGCGUUCUGCUCCGCAUGCUUCACGAAGCAGAGCAUCAUCCACCGUCCUCUCCCCGCGAGAGCACAGAAAACCAACAGGCAAAGUUGAUGCUGGCUCAUGUACUUCGCCAAGCCAGUCGUUUUCAUGAUGCCGAGCGGUUGGAUGGCGAGGUUCUCACUAUUCGGGAGCGUGAACAUGGCGAAACAGCUCAGGAAACGUUGAUCGUCAUGUAUAAUCUUGCAACCGACAUAAAAUUCCAAACGGGGCGCCUGUUGGAAGGCCUGGCUCUUGAGAGACGCGUCCUGGAGACGGCUGUUCGAGCUUACUGGCCUGAAAACCAUGCUGUGACUGCUGAUCAAUCUCCGAGCAUGGAUAUUCUGAUCCGAAUGUGCAAUCUGGCUGAUACCUUCUUUGCCCACAACCAACCGACUGAUGCGGCCCAGCUACAUGAAACUGUCCUACGUCUAUGUACGGCUUCUAUUGGACCAGGUCAUCCAUACACUAUCGCUGUUAUGGAUAGCACUGGAAGGGAUUAUGUAUCCCAAGGACGCCUUCAUGAAGCUGUCCGGUUAUUACAAGAUGCCGUUGAGGCAGGGAAAGUACACUUGGGAGAACAGGAUGCAACAACGCGAAGAUGUAUUGUACACCUGGCCGAGACAUACGGGCGCAUGACAGCUGAAGGGGACGGGAAAGUCCCCGACGACAGAGUGGUCGUUAUCCUCGAGCGAGCCAUCAAGAUCCUGGAAGAAAGCAUUGGGGUCGACGAUACCGACACGGUAUCCCUCAAGUACUACUUAGCGGUCGCGUAUGCGCGUCUCGACGGGCGGUUUCACGAGUCCGAAGCCUUGCAGGAACAGGUGCUACUUUGGUGCCGUCGCCAACUAGGCGUACGCACGGAAACGGCGAGCCUUAUGGUCCGGAAUUUGGUCCUAAUGUAUCGACAAUUAGGCAGGAUGGAUAAGGCAAGAGAAGUGGAGAACGAAUUCGGGCGAAUACGUCGGUCUCAGUCAGAUUGA